CUGACAUUGAUCUACCAAAAUGGAAACAUCAAAAAAUAUUAAAGCAAUGGAGCAAUUAAAUGAUGUCCCAAUAGUAAAAAUAAAAGCAGAUAAUGCUUGCUUCAAGAAAAACUGCAAAACAAACAGGAAGAAGAUUUGCUUGAUCUUAUCCGUUCAAAUAACUCUGGGACUGGCCAUGGCAGCGUGUUUGGCCUAUUACAACUUGAAAACUACCAAGUUGGUGCGGUCAUGCAAUUCAUCGAGAUUCGUUGAAAAACCUUAUAAUGCAGAAAAAAUGGAAUCGUUCAGGUUCUUCCAUGUGCAGGAGCAAACACAAGAUGGUGGUGUGAGAAAAAUCGACGUCAUCAAAGUUCGGGAUGACUGCACCAGAUCUUUCGUCCAUGACUUUUACUUGAACAUCACUGCUAUUGUGGAUCCGAAAACAUGUUUCAUCAUGCCCAUAAAUAGGAAGUUCAUGGAUCUCCCAAAAUCAGAUGCAGAUUUGUUCAUCAAAAUUUUCACUGGGUACUACAAGAUUAACUCAAACACACUUCGUCGAACCAUGCAAGUGGUUGUAGCACCAAUUGAAGAUUUAACAUUGGUUGGCAAAUACGUCGCUGAAGAAUGCAAGGGAAAGUUAAUUUUAAUGCUAAAAAAAUACGAUCGAUUAUUGAAGAAAAUAUCGACAGGAAAAGAUUUGGCUUCAAUGAAGACAACGUUAACCUAGAUGAUGUCAG